CGACGGAUCUCCCUCGUUUAUCACAUAGAGUAAUUCUGUGAUAUUACUCUAUGAUUUAUCAUUAUCCGAUUGUUGUUGAGAGCUGUAAUCAUUUUUCGUUCCCGUAAGUUCGAUUUUCGGUCUUUGGUGCGUUUGUGUUCGUCCUUAUUUCGUUAGGUGUCGCGACGACUUUCUGCUUCGAGUUAAUCGAUUCAACACGGACCGUAUUAAGAUUUAUGUCUUGUCGUUUUCCAAAAAAAAUCAAAAUAUCAUAUUUUGGUUGUGAUAUAAUUUACUGAGUUUCCGAAACGCAUCACCGCUGUCGAUUUCUGUUAUAUUAAUAAUAUUAUGUUAAAAAUCGUCGUCGAAUACCUUCCGUACGCCUAGUAAAUAUAAACUCGUUGAAAAUAUUGUCGAAUAUAAAUAAACAAGAAAUGUCAUCAAUGAGAAAGAACAAUCUGUUAGUCAAAAACACCGGUAUGAGCUUGAAUGACAGGUUCACGCAAAUACAACAGAAAUCCAAAACUAUUGGAGAGGAUGAAAUUCUAAGGAAACACCGUAUACUCUCAUUUGGUGUGGAACGUAGAUCUAAAGUAGCCGCUUCAUUAUUAAUGAAUCAAGAUUAUGUAAAUAGAGACCGCCUUCGAGUACCAUUUCCUCCCUUACCUCCUCCAAGACCCGAAAUCAAUAAUCGUAUGUACAAUAAUCUUAUGCAUGACAUGAUUAGAUCAACAGAUAGAUUAGGUGUUCCUGUUCACGAACGACUUGCCCUGGGUCGAGUUCCAGUAGUAGAAGAUAGACGGAGAAUAAGAAGAAGAAGAGGUCUGAAGAAUAAGGUUCGAGAAUCCGUUGCUUUAAAUGUGAAUACUGAUGCAAGUAAUGCUAAUUCUACUCCAGUUUCUAGAUCUAGAAAUAAAAAACGACAAACCUCAAAACAAAGAGAUCCAUUUCCUCGUAAAGAACAUGUUUAUUCUAAAGAAGAUUUAGAUGAAGAAUUAGAUCAAUUUAUGUCACAUACCAAACAAAAACGAGAUGAAGAACUGAAUAGAGUUAUUCAAGAGCAUUCUUAAUUAUAUUAAUGAAUUGUUUUAUAGGUGUAUUUUGAUUUAUAAUUGAUUGUCAAUAUAAAUAGUUUACCUAUUAAUAUUUCUGAAUACCUUUUUAUAUAAAGUAUUAUUUAACUGAUGUGACCUUUUAAUUAAUCAGUAUAACUUUUCUUAAUUCAUGAAUUAAGAAAUAUCCUAUUUAGUAUAUGAAAUAGAAGUGCAAAAAAUAUUUUUAUGUAUUCAUAUUUCAUACAUGUCG